UAAUCGCAAAUCAGCCAUGUUGCGGUGAAUACGUUCUCGAGUCUUGUACACACCGCCCGUCAAGUCACGAAAGAGUAGUUUAUUAUGUUUCCCGAAAAGGUGAUAAAGAGCGUUCAGAAAACAAAGAAAAGGAACAAUUACAAACUCAAUUAAGUUUUAUUAAAAGAAAGGUUGAUAGCCUCUCCGAUAAUACCAAGAAAAGUCAAUUACACCGCCAAUUAUCUAAUCUGGAAAAUCGGAUAAACCGCCUUUCCGAAAAAAAUAUUAAACCACUACAACAGGAAAUUGAAGCAAUUAAACAGGAAUUAAAGGGAGAAGAUAAACCAAAACCUAAAAUCCCAGAUAAGCCCGACGAUUUCCCGCCUCCACCCAGUAAAAACCCGCCAUCUGAUAAGCCAACUCCCAAACCUAACGAUAAUUCAGAAAAGAAAAAAUUAGCCAAUUUAAUUAAGGCUGAUUUGCAAGAUGCUUUAACUAAUGAUAGCCGAUGA